AUGUACGAAGAGACUUAUAUCUCCCCGUCAACGCCGAAUGGUAAUAGUUGGAGGUCUCCGCCGAAGCGUUCCCCCGGAGAGAGGUUCGCAGAGCCCGGAAACGGGGUUCCUUUAGCAGCAUUUAUCUUCCCAGAUUACAGGGCGCUUUACAGUUUAAAGUUACAAGAAAGCCGCGAUUUGUGUUACAACGAGAUAACUCUGUUUGGAUUUGAAGUGUACAUUGUCGAGCAAUGGGCGCUAGAACGUAAAUAUUCGGCGUUGAUGACGUCGUAUACUGGAAAUUUGCAGGAUAUUGUGCAUGCGGUGAAAGUGGCGCUGCCCGAGUUACCUGAGCUAUGGCCGCAGCCAUUUAAGGAGUACUACAAGGAACUUAUCGCAGUGUCUACCCCGAAACACACUGAGGAUGGGACGCUGUUUAUCAGUACUUCCUCGCAGAUACCGUCAACGCUAAAUUUACUACAUGUGGAAUGUGGAGACUUGCGAAAAAUCUGGAGCGUCUUUAAAGUCAAUGUUGAUCUUAAGCGCCUUCAAUGCGGUGGGAGAUCAGCGCUGCUGCUUUGUGAACCGUCCAGCGCGUCGUGGGACAAAUUUGCACAACUUUACAAGAUCCACAUGCCUUCAAAGGGUUCCCAGGACUUGGACGCCAGCUCACUGACCUACGCUGUUGUGAGGCUGAUUAGCAUUGCGCAAACUUGCUUAACGUAUUUUGACUUGCUGGACCCACGAUACAAGGAUGGUAUGUUAUGCAUGUGCACAGAGAAAGCGGCACACAAGUGGUGGAGUGCUUACGGCAUGCACUAUUUAGGCAUGGAACGCCCCAAGCAUGAGGGUCCCCUAGGUCCUACGACUGUGGCUGGUAUUAUUAGUCUUGUGCUAACGGCGUUUUUCAAGCUAAUGCUAGAAGACUGCGUCUCGAUAAAAGAUCCAUUUGAUGAGGAUGGAUUCCACGCAGCCGUGUGGAAUUUUCAAAAAAAAUACAGUCUAGGCAAGAGUCUCACGCAAACCCAUCAGCCAUGCUUAGAUGUGAUCGUUCUCGGUAAGCUUUUCGAAGUCACUUCGAAGACAUCCAAUUCGGAUAUUUUCAAAAUCAAAAAAGUCGUAAAGUCUACGGUACAGGAUAUUAAGGGCAAAUCCAACGCGCUUCAAAUUUCCAACUGCCCCCUCACCACGGAUUUGGAAGUUUUGGCGAAAAGCGUCCAAGUUGGAGAUCUAAGUUUACUAUGGAAAGGCAAAGGAGGCAGGCGAAUAAGCACUAAGAAGAGAUGUGAGCCGGAAUUCGACACUAUAAGCUUCAAUCAUGGUAGCGCAAAUGAUGAGAUUCUGAAAUCUAAUCUAGGCUUUGUCAAGAGUCCCGAAGGCUGGCUUCAGUCGGUUGAUAAAAGGUACGAAAAAAACUACGAGACCUCACCAUACGGGGCCAGUGAGCAUUUCAGCGAGAGCAUUCCAUCAGUUGAACACGAUCAAGCUGCUCGGAUGAACGAAGAAGAAAAGGAAAGAAGCCACAGCGAUAAACUAUUUCAUGCAGAGAUUGAAAGGCGUGCCUCUGUGCCCUACCUACUGAAAGAUGUCGCUGCUCUCCAAUUGGAUUAUGAGAAUUUACCUCAUAAAGUAAGCAAUUUGGACUCUAUGCAACGUCGCCAUAGCGUUUCUGUUAUCCAGGAUGCCAUUGAAUCGUGGAGUUUACCGUUUGAGCCAUCCGUUGUGAAAAUGGCCCGCGAUUUACUUAGAAUGGAAAAGGACUUCCAAUGGAGUAAUGGUCAAGCUUCACAGACGACGUCAACCGACCCACAAGGCUUUGAAAUUCCUUUGAGUCGGUUACAAGAGAACUAUAAUAAUUUGCACCUGAAACUUCAAGUGUUGGAACAGAGCCGUGCCGUGCUAGGCAGCAAGCACUCUAGGCUACUAGCUGAUAUAUCCGAGCUGGACUCGCUUGUAUCAAAAUUCAGAUACGAUAUUCGCAUUUUGGAUAGAAGAAUGAGGGACGUAGAGGACCGGGUUUCUCAGUACGGGUCGAAACUCGCGAGUUUGGUCAAAGCAAUGGAAAACAAGCAGACUUCCCAUUUGAUCUCAUCAGAACGGUUUUCUAACCCAUCAGACCUGGACAGAUGUGCCAAAGAAUAUUUAAAGAAUGGACACUGCAGGUAUAACGGCAUUCUCUUAAAUAUUUGGUGGAGGCUGGUUCCGGUGAGUUUUAGAGAAGAUUCGCAAAAAGUGUGGCUCUAUCUUACAGGGAAGAUAUUCUCCAAUGCACUAUUUCCCCGCGACAGCAGCAAAUGA